AUGGAUGAAGACGCAGAGAGUCGUGUGAGUUCCACACGCUCGUAUGAUAGGAGAGGUCAUCUAGAUUGGCUGAGAAAAUUACCAGAUUCAUUGCUAUGUCAGGUUUUCUUGAAUCUUCCCACAAAAGAUGUGGUUAAGACUAGUGUGUUAUCAAGUACAUGGGGAAAUAUAUGGAGAAGUGUACCUGGUUUGGACUUGGGGUAUGGUGACUUCCCGGAGUACAACGCUUUUGUGAGCUUUGUCGAUAGCUUUCUGGGUUUUAACAGCGAAUCUCGCCUGCAAAAUUUCAAGUUAAACUACCAAUAUUUAAGGCUAAAGUAUGAAUGGAAGUGGACUGAGCUUGAUAAUGCUAAUGUCACCCGGUGGAUCAACACAGUUAUUAAGCGGAAAGUUGAACAUCUUCAUCUCUCUGACGUGACCUUCAGUAAUCCCGAGUCUGUUUCUUUACCUUGUGUCAAAGUUAUGUAUCUAGAUAUGGUUAAGUUUGCCAACGAUUUGGCUUUCGAAAUGCUCAUCUCUGGCUGCCCAGUUCUCGAAAGCUUAACUAUAAAGAGGAGUGCUUGUGACAAUGUAGAUUAUUUACGUGUGUGCUCUCAGUCUCUAUUGAGUUUCACCCUUGUUGGCCACUGUAACGAGGAUAUGGUUAAAGAGCAAGUAGUUGCAAUAGAUGCUCCCAGGCUUGAGGAUCUCAAGCUUUAUUGUCAUGAAACUGCAAGUUUCAUAAUAAAGAAUCCGGCUUCCCUUGUUAAGAUGGACAUCGACAUUAUGUUUAACUUGUCUUCCGAACAGAAGUUUGACCCAAAUGAUCUACCAAAGAGAAAUAUGAUCCGUAAUUUUCUCCUCGGGAUCUCUGGUGUCAAAGAAAUGGAAAUCUCUUCGCAUACCCUCGAGGUCAUCUAUAAUUACUCAAGAUGUGAACGAUUACCCGUAUUCCGUAACUUAUCUUCCUUGCAUGCUGACUUCGACGACUACAGGUGGGAAAUGUUGCCAGGAUUUAGUAAAACUCCAGGGGAGGAGCCAAUUAGUAUUUUACCUGGACCUCAGUGCAACCUACCAGCUCUCGAGUUUGUUGACAUACUAAAGCCAAUGGUAGAGAAGGAAACAGAAUUGAAACUAAUGAGUUACUUUCUGGAGAAGUCAACAAUCCUCAAGAAACUAACACUACGCUUGGGUGAUUUCAGAGGAAAUGAAGAAUCUGCCUUGCUCAAGAAACUCCUUACCAUUCCAAGACUCUCUAGCUCAUGCCAAGUUGUAGUUCUCUGAUCCUCAUAGUCAUAGACUCUUUAAGUACUUAGUUAAUCUGAAUUCUUUGCUCUUUUUUCGUCUUCUUCGUUUGGGAUGAUUUUUGAUGUCAUGUGAACCUUAAGAAGGUCAUAUGUUUUGGUUAAAAUUUAGUAAUCUUUUCUUUCGACUC